AUGUCUGCCGAAGCCCCCAAAAUCGAGGCCCAAGCCGAGCAAGUCCAAGAGCAGCAACAACAACACCAAGAGCAAGACGACCAAGCCUCCAUCACCUCCAAGCCCAACCAAGAAGGCGACGAGGCCACCCCCGCCGCGGGCGAAGAGAAGGCCGCCAAGCCCAACCCGCUCAAGAAGCUCGGCUCCGUGUUCAAGACGGUCUUUGCCUGUCUGCGCAAGCCCGCCGUGCGCGACGAGGAGAAGAUCGCUGCCGAGGCCGACGAGAAGAACGCUGCUGCGGCGGCCGGUGGUGACGACGACGAGGAGGACGCCCUGAAGAAGGCUGGGGACGCCACCCAGGCGCCGCCCGUGAUCGAGCAGGGGGUAUUGUCGGGCGAGCCGAACAAGGAGGGGACGGCGCCGCAUUCGUAG